ACCCUCAACUCUGCUGAAAACCCCGUUUGAAAUGAAGAGGACACGGAACAGCAACAGCAGCAAACGCGAAUUAAAGUUGUCAAAUACAGCACAUACUCAAAAUCAGCUGACAUUUUCAUCCAGAUGGCAACAUUCAACGGAGAAGGCAUAAAUCACCUGUUAGUAGAAGUGAGUCCUGACAUCCACAUCUGCGGCUUCUGCAAACAGCAGUACAACAACGUCGAACUGUUUUUUGCUCACAAGCAAAACUGCUGCCAGAUCCCCUCCACUCAUAUAUCAGUUCGAAAUGCUGGAGCCAGUGAGUCGCUUCAGACGUGUGUGUCGAAAGUCAAGAAGACCCUCACCAAAGCCCAAAAAAACCCCUCCAAAAAGCUGAAACCGGCACUCACCCAAAAACGACACAUAUGCACGUUCUCAGGGUGCACAUUCAAAACUCAGUAUGGUCAGAAAGACAUGGAGAGACAUAUUUUAACACAUACUGGUGAGAGGCCUUUCGAGUGUGAACUCUGUCAUAAACGCUUCAGCCGCCGCGAUAAACUGAAUCUCCACAGCCGUUUGCACACGGGAGAGAAACCGCACAAGUGUAAGUACUGUACAUAUGCGGCGGCCGACAGCAGUAGCCUGAAGAAGCAUCUCCGCAUCCACUAUGACGAGAGACCCUUUAAGUGUCAGAUUUGCCCCUACGCCAGCCGGAACUCCAGCCAGCUGACCGUUCACCUCAGAUCUCACACAGGUGAUGCCCCAUUCCAGUGCAACCAGUGCGAUGCCAAAUUCAAGAUCAACUCCGACCUGAAACGCCACAGUCGGGUUCACUCUGGUGAGAAGCCUUACAAAUGUGACCUUUGCGAUUAUCGUUGUGCCAUGAAGGCCAAUUUAAAAUCUCACGUGCAUCUGAAGCACAGCGCCUCGGACUCCUUCCACUGCUCCAAGUGUGAUUUCCAGUGCUCCACCAAAGCCGCCUUGCGACACCAUUCGCGGCAGCACCAACCAGCCCAGCCUUUGCAGUGCAGCGAGUGCAGUUACUCCUGCUCCAGCAAGGGGGCGCUCAAGAUCCACGAGCGUGUGCACUCUGACGAACGACCAUUUAAAUGCGACCUCUGUUCAUUUGCUAGUAAGCAGCGCAGCAAUUUGCUAAUCCACACUAGAAAGUGUCAUGCGGAUAAACCAGACAGGCUGAGUAAAUCCGGAAGGAUUAGCGGGAAUGGGGAAGAUCUGACGAAACCGAUUAGUUCACGUUACAGAGCGAAACUAGAAGCCACACGAGCAUAUCGUUGUGAUUUAUGUGAGGCUUCAUUCGUCAGGGAAGAUUCUCUUCGCAGUCACAAGAGGCAGCAUAACAAUAUCACACAACAACAAAGUCAUAAUCAGACUUCACAAACUUCUACCAAACAACCUGUACAGAACAUACCGGAAGCUUCAAUCGCAACUGAAUCACCUUCAACCUACAACACGACGCAUCUUAAAAUCAUAGUGGCGCCCUCUUUAGGAUCGGAGGCUAGUUUUGUUCAGACUUCAAAGUCUGGAGCCGUUUUACUUGGUUCGGAUGAUCACGAUGUGCUUUUGAACCCUGUAUUACAACACGUUAGCAUGCUAGCACCAGAAGGUGCUCUCGAGCACCAGACUGUUUUACUUGCUCAAAUCAGCCCCAGUGAAACCGUCUCUCAGAGCAGUUCUCAAAACUUCAUCGCCUCCUGUUCAGCGUCUGCUUCUGAAGCCACGCACACCUUCAUUACAUCCUGUUCUGACCUGGAAAGCCUCCAUAAGCUCAUCCAGGAGGGUGGGACUGAGGUUACGGUGGUAACGGAAGCAAAUCCUAUGAUCGCCUCCACUAAGGAAUCUUUGAACAUUGACGGUUCUUCAUCUCAGGACAUGUCCAGGCACGCUGGAAAUAUUUUGCCUCAUGAUGCUUUAGAUAUAGGUCCACCAGGGACUAUUCUCGUUCAGAGUCUCCCUCUGUCGAUUUCAACACAACAUCAGGAGGACGAUAAGUUCCAUCUGUCGCCGCACCAUAUAUUUUCAGACUCCAACACAGUAGACAUCAGUGACUCGUAGUUAGCAAAUUUCUCUUAAAAAAUCUGUUUGAAUAUGGUUCAUUUCAUGUUUUUUAUUCAGGAAAUGCUUUAUGUUUUGUUGGGAUGACUGUGCUAUUGGUGUUCAUACAGAAUUGACAACACAAUCACUAAUUUAAUUCACAUUACAAUGAACAAGGUAAGCGAUUUAUUGCUCAAUCCAGUAUUUCCCAACCCUGUUCCUGGAGGCACACCACCAGUACAUAUUUUGGACAUCUCCCUCAUCUGACUAUUCAUUUCAGGUUUUGGAGUCUCUUCUAAUGAUGCAAUGAGUUGAUUCAGGUGUGUUUGAUAAUGUGGACUGUGAACAGGAUUGGGAAACAAUGGUUCACAAAACGUAAAUAAAACAAAAUGGCGUACUCCCAAAAAUUA